AAUGUGGUCAAAACUUCUUUGUGCCUUGCCAUUUGUGUUAUUCUUGGUGGCAUAUCCAGGGGAGAGUGCAGAAAUAAACGUUGCUGCAAAACCUAAUGUAGAUGUUGCCUCGGAAUUAUUGAAUGCUUGGAAGGAAGGAUGUGCGGCAACAACUGCAAGCACUAUUGUGAUCCCGAAAGGCACAUAUCUAAUGACCCAAGUUGUACUUGCUGGUCCAUGCAAAGCCCCGAUUGAGCUUCAAAUUUUGGGCACCUUGGAAGCCCCUGCUGAUGAUAAGACCCUCGAUACCUCCAAGGAAUGGUUAACUGUCCAAUACGUUGAUGGUUUCACACUUACGGGUGGUGGUAUUUUUGAUGGCCAAGGAACUGCUACUUGGGAACAUAAUGAUUGCAAGAAAACUAAAUCUUGCAAUUUGCUUCCAAACAAUUUGAGCUUCAAUUUCUUAACAAACUCUUUGAUUCGAAACAUAGUUUCUCUAGAUAGCAAAUUGUUCCAUGUUCAUGUUUUGGGCGGUAAAAACAUAACGUUCGAUCAUCUUGCUAUUAAAGCGCCCGGGACUAGUCACUACACCGAUGGGAUCCAUGUUGCAAAAGUAACUGAUGUUACCAUAAUGAAUAGCGUUAUAGGAACGGGAGAUGAUUGCAUCUCAGUCGGGGAUGGGACACAAAACCUUGUCGUCAAAGGAGUGGUAUGUGGGCCUGGACAUGGCAUCAGUAUAAACGUUGGCAAGAGCCCUGGUGAAGAACCAGUGAAGGGUGUGCAUGUGCAGGACUGCAAAUUUAUUGGAACAGAUAACGGUCUUAGAAUUAUAACAUGGCCUAAUUCUCAUCCUGGAGAAAUAUCCGAUGUACACUACGAGCAUAUAGAGAUGGAAGACGUCGAUAAUCCAAUUCUGAUUGAUCAAGAAUAUUGUCCGCAUAGAAAAUGCCCGAAAGACAAAGAGAAACCAUCGCAAGUAAAGAUAAGCAAAGUAAGCUAUAAGAAAAUAAGCGGCGCUUCUGGAACAGACGUUGCAGUGAGCUUUACGUGCAGUAGUGCGGUGCCAUGCGAAGGCGUUGAGGUCAGCGACAUUAACUUGACCUUCAACGGAGCUCCUGCAAAAUCUAUAUGUUCAAAUAUUAAGCCUGUUUCAAGUGGAAAGAUAGUUCCUCCUUUGUGCACCUAA